CCUCCUCACUCCAUAAACACUAUUCACCCUUCUGAUCCUAAAAAUACAUUUGGUCUGAAAUUUAUACGACUGCAACGAAACUAUAGAAGUUUGAUUUUGAACUUCCUAGUGGGCAGAAGGCGUACAUAAGCUUGAAACUUGGCCACCAUUACGGGAUUAUUUCAAUAAAAUACGGAGGGAAUAAAAUAUUUAUUCUCAUGUAUUUAUAAUAAAUACAUACAGCUAUUUCUGAUUCGGUGCGAAACGGUGGGAGAAGUUUAACGAAAUCAAAGGAAAGUGCAGUUCGGGUUUAUUUGCUAAAUUAUUUUGUCAUAUAAGACAGAUAAAUAGAGUCCGAAUGGAUCCACGGGAAAGAAAUAAAGUGGCAUGUCCCACGUGCCUAAAAUUUAUUUCUAAGACAAACUUAAACCGACACAUGGUUACGCAUAACCCCGACGCGAAGGUGAAAUGCGAGAUAUGCAGAAAAUUUUUCAAAACUCCACAAAGCCUAUCCUUCCACAUAAAAAUGCAUCACACCAGCCGGGAUCGACCCAGUUGUGACACCUGUCACCGUGAAUUUGCCACAUCCGAAACCUUACGGAAUCACAUGGACACAGUGCACAAUAUGACGAAACGAUAUCGUUUUCCAUGUGGAUUUCCCGAAUGUGCGAAAACCUACUGGACCAAGAAUGGGGUGUCGAAACACACAAGAACUGAACAUGCCGAAAACCCGAUCCGAUUUCCGUGCACACUGUGCGGAAAAGAAUUUAAAACUAGGCAAGUACUUGAGUCGCACAUUCCCACCCACACAAAGGAGAAGGCGUUUACUUGUUCCACUUGUGGGAGGAGCUUCGCCCGACGGACAGCCAUGAAACGCCACGAGCUCACACACUUGGAAAAAUCUACUCAAAGGAUUUUCAAUUGUAAACUGUGUCCUCAUACUUCCUUGUAUGGGGCUAACUUACAAAACCAUAUCCAAGUUAUCCAUGAAAAGCAGAGGAAUUAUCCGUGUACACUGUGUGACAAAAGAUUCUCGGCAUUGGCCAACCUCAGACGCCACGUGGAGGCGAGACAUUCCGCACAUAGGGAGAAGGUCCAUUCCUGCGACAAAUGUGAGUACAAGGCCUACUCGAAAGACAAUUUAGUUCACCACGUGAAGCGUCACAAUUCGAGUAAUCGACAAGAGUGUUACUUUUGCCAGAAGCAGUUUGUCUACUUUUACGAAUUGGUGCCGCACUUUCGUCGUCAUACUCUAGAACAGUAAUAAUCCAGAAAAUACAUUGUUGCUCUUGUUUAAUUUUAUGAUUUGGCUUGCGAAAUUUACAUGCUUAUUAUAUUACUGUAAUAAUAUUAGACCAAUUACUUAAAAUUUAACAUUUAGACAAAUAAGCCCAAAAUGUUGAUCAUACAUAAGCAAUAAGGGAUCAUCUGCAAUCAAUUAACAGGUCCGCCAAAUGAAAUUAAUCAGAAGUAUCUAUUUACCAUUAAAAGAUGAAUAUGGAUCUGCACAUAUAAUUCGGACGAAGUCAUGCUUCUCGUAUAUUGUGAAUUUAAUUUAGUGUAAUGCAUAUGUAGCUGUGAAAUGUCCGUGAGACUGAUAUCAAUUUAAAACCAUAGCAUAGACUCAUCACCGAGAAAAAAUAAACAUGUUCGUUAAAACAACAUCAAAAUAUGUGAGAAAAUAUAUUCAGCUACUCUAACCACGAAU